AUGCUGACUUUACUAGCAACACUUGCAUUGCUCAAUUUGUUUUGCCUUGGCAUGUUCAUAAAGCAAGUGUUCAUCAUUGAAGGGGGUCUCAGAAUUUUUGACACAAUGGCAUUGCAAGUUCUACUAAGUGGGGUUUUGGUUCUCAUCAACAUACCUGUGUACCAAGGACUCUUCCUAAGAAAAGACAAGGGAAGAUUACCAAUAUCUGUUGCAGUUCAAUCCACAACAUUGGCUCUAAGUGCAUGUGUCCUCUUCAUUUCCACACUGGAUCACAUGUUUCACAUCUUCGUUAGCAAUGUGGGCCUCAAAUUUCAACAAUUGUUCUAUAAAACCAACCGAUCUUACAUUCCUCUGUAG